CGAACGGUUGCUCAUCUAGAACAGCUUCCUUCUUGAGACCCACAGCGGGUAUAUAAAGAGGGUGCACAGCCCGAGACGGGGUGGAGACAACAUGGCAGCACCAGGCAUGCUGUCAGUCUUCCUUGUCUGUACUUUGUUUGUUACUGUACAGUCAUGGUCAGGGAAUGUCUGCACUGUCCAGAAGGUUACAUAUAAUAGCCGCAGUGAGUGUAGACAGUACUUUUUGUGGUGGUGCUCGACAUGGGUGAGCAUACCAUACCCGGAAUACUACAUGGAGAAUGUCUGCUGUCUCGGGUGGCGAGACAAUGGCGGGGACCAGAACUGUAAAAUCCCCAUCUGUACACCGCCAUGUCAGAAUGGUGGCACUUGCAUCGCACCAAACAGGUGUCAGUGUCAAGUACAGAACACUGGACAGUUCUGUGAUGGAAGUGUCUGCUCUCACCUGAGCCCCUGUUACCCGGGGAGAUGUAUAACGCCGGACGGGUGUGACUGCACCAGUGGCUUCACAACUACGACAACCCGUUAUGAGAAUUGUCUGACAAUUGAAGAAAACAGGAACACGGACAUCAAGAUCUACCAGAUGCAAGUGCGCAUGUCCAACUGGCCACGUGGCGCGACGUCCCCCAAUGAGUCCUACUACAUCAUGGCCGACUCCACCCAGAAGACUGAGAUGGAUUUCUGGUGGUCCAAUCAGAAAGACUUCAACCGUCUGGAGACGAGCUGCAGCAGUCAGUUCUUCAUGCCAGAUCUGCCCCUCAAGCCCAACUACAUCGGUAACGCAGGCUUCGGGGUGGUCAGCGGCCGGGUGGAGGUCUGGCUGUCCAAGCGACCAGUUUAUCCAUCACAGCCAAGAUUCUCGUCUUUGAACAGCACAUCCUCCUGUAUACAGCAAGCCUCGAGCACUCAGCCUGUGAGCGGCUUGUAUCAGUGCAACCUCAACCUCGCAAACUUUGACAGACUCUUGGAGCAUGGAGAUUUUCUAAGAAUCACAUUUCGUACUGAAGUGGGAGGAUACAGAGAGCUGCUGAACUUAAACUACAAUCCUCCACUGAGAUUCUCACUUCAGACCUACCGCACCAUCAACAGCAGCCUGUCUGUGGAAUUCCGUUUUGACUUCAAGCCUCCCUACCACUGCGACGAGACUAACACUUGUCGCUCUGGGCAAAGCAUUCUUGAUGUACCAGAUAUUACUAAAGUGGCGCCAUUGACAAUUUCCUGGAGAGGAUGGGAGGAUGACGACUCCAAGAUGUAUCGUUAUUCCAUGGAAGUGUUCAAACUGGCGAAAACAAUAGACAACAAGCUGGAAACUCGGUUUGAUGAAGCACUGCUGCCUCUCAUCAACCGUGAGGUGUUUGAAGCCAGAUAUACCCCCCAAGAGUACACCCCACCCGAGCCCGGGAUGUACGCCAUUAUCCUAGAAGCAGGCGACAGAGCCAACAACACCAAGUACGUCCGACGACUUUGUCUGUACGACCCCAGCUCGCAAAUAACCCUUGACCCUAAGUUCAGACUCUACGUGACCUCUGCCAGUGAUGCCGCUAAUUACACCUACCAGAGCAGCCUGAGCACACCUGUGAGUGUCAACUGGACCAACUACUUCCGGAAUGCUUUCCACGAAGACAAUGCGUUGCUCGGUGCGGUUCUUCAGUACCCGACACAGCUGGAAAAUGGAAAGAAAAACAUUCCUCGAAACGGACCGUUAGAUGAUCACCAGGGGAGACGAACAGUGGACGCUAUUACCAAUGAAAGGGGAAUAAUCAAUUUUAAAGUGGGAUUUACGAAGGACCAUGAUGGAGGACAGACUCAGCCACUGACACCAACCACUCCCCUCUCUGGCUGGAUAGACCUUGGCUUCAGUACUACCUACACACUGUCUUCAGAACUCAGACCCAGCGAGGCCGACACGGUGACCGUAUGGGUCAAGGCCACAGACGUCAUGGGCAACGAGAGAAUCGAACGCACUCAGGCGACCUUUGACACCUCGUCUCCUGUUGCGCAAGGAUUAAAAUUUUACAUGAACAUGCCUGUACCAGGGGUGGACUUUAGCUCUGUCUUUGAGCUUGCUGUGAGAGAUAAAGAGUCCGGUGUUGCCUAUGUACUGUGGACGUUCAGACGGAGUAAUGGAGUUAUUCUUCACCAGGAGAAAAUGCCAGGAAAAAUGGUCGACGAAAAGACCUGUGCUCUGGAAGUCACCAAAUGUGACUGUACACCUGCUGGACAUUGCUUCUACUUUAACCAAUCGUACGCCGUGAGCAACUGUCACAUGAUGGUCGAGAAGGAGAGCCUUCAGACCGAGACCAUCACCGUCACUGCUGACGUCACGAACAUGGCGGGUCUCGUCUUCAGAUUGACCUGGACGAAACGAGACAUUACGGAACUGAACGGGACAAAAGCAUAUUUCCCGCCGCAGAACGUCAACGUUUCCCUUAUUACAAGCGACAGUGUGAUGGUAACCUGGACCUUCCCGCCAUCUUGUUUCAAACGCAUUGGAUUGUGGGUGAGCGCUAACGACAGAAAGGUUCCGGUGCACAAGGAUGCGACCGAGUUCUCUUUGACAGGUCUUGACUCAGACACAUUCUACACCAUCCGCAUGGUCACGGAAUAUGAGGGCGACCAGCUGAGCGACAGUGAAUCCGUGUCCUUCAAGACAGCAAAAAACGACGUCUUCACAGCUGGAGCCAUCACUGGAGUAGUCAUCGGGUUGCUGAUCCUGCUGGUCCUAGUGAUUUUCGUCGUAUUGUUUGUAUUAUGGCGGAAGGGCAAGGUGCUUCGGAAGGGAGCAGCACACAGGGGCAUGCAGUAUAUGUCAGGAGUGUUUGACAACAUCAGUAAUAUGACCAGGAGAGCUUUCACUAACAGGGACAAUGCUUCUAGUAAUUCUAGAAGUAAUACUUCUAGUAAUUCUAGAAGUAAUAUCUACCAAACUGUGUAUUUUGGUAAUCGAGAACCUUGGCAGUAUGAUAGAGAGGCUGUCACCGUACGAGAGCGAGUGGACGAGGGCAAUUUCUCCGAGAUAUUUAUAGCCAGCAUCAGAAGCAGGCCAGAGAUCCUGGCGAUCAAGAAGCUGAAGUCUGGGUACUCUACAGAAGACAUCGUGAGGAUGACUAGGAAGAUUAACUUCUUCGCCAAUCACCUGUUAGAACACAGGCACGUCCUCAAGUUCAUUGGUGCCGUCCUCGAUCAUUCUGACUGGGGGCCGACUAUUAUUUUGGAGUACUGCGGAAGGGGACCACUCGAUCGGUGGCUCGUUCAACAGAGUCGCUCGUUUGAUGAUCGCAUGAAAAGUCUUCUUUGCCGUUUCUCGAAGGACAUCGCAAAUGGCAUGAAAUACCUGGCGUCGAAGGGGAUUGUGCACAAUCAUCUGGGUGCCAGAAACAUCUUGCUGACAGAUGACAUGGUCAUCAAGGUUGCUGGCUUGGAGCCAGCAGAGGACAACAGUGACCAAAGCGAAAAUGGAGAAGUGACGAGAGCAAGACUUCCUAUCAAAUGGUCAGCACCGGAGGUACUACAAGGGAAGCCCGCCACAGAGAAGAGUGAUGUUUGGUCCUAUGGGAUUGUUCUCUGGGAAAUCUUCAGCAUGGGUAAAACUCCUUACCCUGAGAUGCACACGAAGGAUGUUUUGAUGGCACUGGAGGGAGGCUACCGUCUGGACAAACCACGAUUUGCUGAUGACGUUCACUACACGGUGAUGCUAAAAUGCUGGAUUGAGACCCCUACAGACAGACCCUCGUUUAAUGCCAUACACAUGAUACUAUGAAACUUGAUGCAAGACGGAAUAACAUCGUGUAUCUACUACCACACCAGAAACCUUAUACACAACGGAACACAACGGUCUGUCAGUAUUUCACGAACCCAUGAAGCUUAAGUAAGGGUUCUGCAUUCCCUAACUGAAAACACCCUGCAACAAUUUUGAUGGACUUUACAUACCAAACAAGUGAACGACUGCUAAUCACCAGAGAGAAAAAUACAAUACCUGAUAUUUUAAAAGCAGUUCCAUUCCAAUCCACAUUUUUCUAAGGUGUGGAUGUUUACAAGAACAUUUAUUCCUUAAACAGAAAACCCCCUUAACUUUAAAAAUCAAUUAGAUUACCACUAUACCUGAAGUAAUAGAAAUUUUAUAUUUAAUAUAUAUAUUUAGAGUAACUGAGUGAUGUUUUAAUUAUAUAUAUACACAAAUAACCAGCUUAACGUUUACAUCGGUUUACGUUUUAGCGCCUUAAUCAUUAAAUGUGAUAAACAUUAAUUAAUUCAUCAGUGCUGAAGGUUUAACAUAACAGGUUUAGUUGAGUUUAUAUAACAGUUUAGUUUGUGUUAAAUGUUAGAGAUCUCAAACAAGAGAAAUAUGAGUAUACACAUUAGGGUAUGUUGUUUUGUUAGUUUCAAUACUAAAAAUUUAUUAGAUAAUUAUAACUUAAAAUCAUUGUAAUGCCUUAUUUCUAAAUAUAUAAUUUAACAGAUAGGCAAGAUUUACAUUAUUUUAUUUUUAAAUGUCGAGCAUAAAAAUGAAUACUAUAUACGUUUAUCUCCCCUCCUUUUUACUUUUUCUCGCCUCGCUUUUUAAUUUUUUUCCUGUAUAACGAAAGUGUUUUAAAAUAUGUCUAUUCGCUUGUGUGUUCGAUCACGUGUUUUUACUUGCGUGUGUUUAAUUUGAAGAUAAGGCUUCAGCAUAAACACUUACCUAGCAUCACUUGACUUGGUGUACUUACUCAACCCUGGAGUCUGUCGUAUUACUGCUUAAAGCUGUCAUGGUUAUUGUACACAAAUUAUGCUCUCUUCACAAUGUAACUAACUUCCAUAAUUACCGUAGUUUUUCAAAUAAAAAGAGUUGAAUAAUUUCAUACAUAAUCUCAAACAAAAGCUGUUUAUCUUUGUAAAAAGAUUGAUUUGUAUUUAUCAUAUUGAAAAUGCUUACUUGCAGUGUACUAAUAAAGGUCGACUUGUAAUUACCGUUGAGUAAAUACUGAUUAGCUAAGACUAACAUAUCUUUCUCAAAAAGGAUAAAAUUUUAUCUCUUACUGAUUAAUAAAUUUGAUCGCUUA